ACGCGUUGACUCAGACUAGUCAAUGUCGGCCCUGCCAGCCGUCCAUUGCCCCAAAGUCUUACGUCUCCACCGUCCGAUUGGUUGUGUUUCCUUUUCUUAGUCUUCGCUCCCCUCUGCCCGUUCAGUCCAAUCACCAGUUCCACUUUCCAUCCAUGCCGCUCGCGCUCCUCCUCCCGCUGCUCGCCGUCGCCUCCUUCCUCCGGCUACCGCCGCCGGCCACCGCGGCCUGCUCGCCCAAGAGAUGCGGCAACCUGACCGUAGCCUACCCGUUCUGGCUCGAGGAGCCCGGCCAGCCGCCGUGCGGGUCCCCGUCCUUCCAGCUCCGAUGCAACGGCACCCAAGCGCUCCUCAGCCGCUCCAUGUUCGGGCUCUACCAGGUCCUCGAAAUCUUCACCGAGAACUCCUCGUUCCUCGCCGUGGACAACAACCUCCCGCUCGACGACGGCUGCCUGCCGCGGUGGUUCAACAUCUCGCUGGGCCUCGGGCUCAGCCCGUUCGUCAUCAGCACGCAGAACAGCGAGCUCCUCGUCCUCUACAACUGCACGACGCCGCAGGAGGUGGUACCGGACGGGUUCCUCCGGAUGCCCUGCGCCAGCGAGUCCUUCAUCCGCCACGGCGGGGGGUACGGCGCCCACCAUGACUACCCCGGGAACCUGCCCCCGGCCUGCCGGCUCUCCGUCGUGCCGGUUCUUGGGGUUCCCGGCGGCGUUGACGAGUACGUCGGGAGCAUGAAGGGAGGGUUUCUGCUCGAGUGGACGGUGCCAUCGGACAAUUGCCCCAGAUGCGUGGCUAGCGGCGGCCAGUGCAGGUACCGGAACGACGGCUCUGGGUUUUCCUGCAAUUGCUCCGGCGCCGUGUACCCCGACCAGUGCGGACCAAAUAGAAAGAUUACAAAGAAGCUUAAAAUAGGUUUGGGAGCAGGAGGUGGUGGUAUAGUCAUUGGGUGCUUGGCCGUUUUUUUGUGGUACAACCGCAAGAAGAGAAAGGAGGCUAGAACUUCGUCAAAGCUAAUGCGGAGUGGGUCUUCUAUGCAUUCAUCAUACAGUAAAGACCUGGAGCUGGGUGGUUCUCCUCACAUCUUCACUUUUGAGGAACUUGAAGAGGCUACUGAUGGAUUCUGUGCUUCAAGGGAACUUGGUGAUGGUGGUUUUGGAACUGUUUACAAAGGAAAACUCAAGGAUGGGAGAGUAGUUGCAGUAAAACGCCUUUACAAGAACAAUUACAAGCGUGUCGAGCAAUUCCUGAAUGAGGUCGACAUCCUGUCCCGGCUGCUCCACCAGAACCUCGUCAUCCUAUAUGGUUGCACGUCUCGUAUGAGCCGUGACCUUCUCCUGGUGUACGAGUUCAUCCCAAACGGGACAGUUGCGGACCACCUUCACGGAUCCCGUGCGGCAGAGCGAGGCCUCACAUGGCCUCUAAGGUUGAACAUUGCCAUAGAAACGGCUGAAGCUCUGGCCUACCUUCAUGCGGUUGAAAUCAUACACCGUGACGUCAAGACAACCAACAUAUUGCUGGACAACAGUUUCCAUGUCAAAGUUGCAGACUUCGGGUUAUCACGCCUGUUCCCUCUCGAGGUCACCCAUGUAUCGACUGUUCCACAAGGCACACCAGGCUAUGUCGACCCCGUGUACCACCAGUGCUACAAGCUGACUGAUAAGAGCGACGUCUACAGCUUUGGUGUCGUGUUGGUAGAGCUGAUAUCCUCAAAACCAGCUGUGGACAUGAGCAGGAGCCACAGCGAGAUCAACCUGGCAAACAUGGCUCUCAACAGGAUUCAGAACCAUGAGGUGGUUCAGCUGGUCGAUCCGGAGCUCGGCUACGACACUGACAGCGAGACGAAGGGAUCGAUUGACUGCGUGGCGGAGGUGGCCUUCCAGUGUUUGCAGCUCGAGAGGGAGCUGCGGCCGUCGAUCAAGGAGGUGGUGGAGAUCCUGAACUGCAUCAGGGAUGGGGACUGCCCAUCCAAGAAAAUGGGCAAGGACGCGUCUCUGAAGGAGGACACGCACUUGCUCAGGGGCAGCCUGCAGUUCUCGCCGGACUCGGUCAUUCAUAGAUUCCAUAGCCAGUCAACUAACCACUCGGUAGCGUCGAAUGGUAGCGGAGUAUGAUGUGCUUUGUGUUUGAUUAUGGAAGAAAAUAAGGCCGCCCUUUCUGAUCGGAUGAGUUGUAUAUAGCAUAUAGAGUUUGCUAAUGAGGUGAUUUAUCUGGGUAAUUCAGUUGUUCUCUCUGUUGGCCAAUAAGUACAACCUCAUGGUUGCAGUAACUCGACAGUCGUGAGAUUUGCAAUGAUUCAGACGGUAGGUGUAUGUACUAGGAGCAAAUUCCAGGAUAACCAUUGUAAUAUACAUAGUGAUAUUUUCAGGUUCACACACAAAUGAGUGAAUUGAGAUGUUAAA